AUGGACUCUCUGGUGGCGCCCACGGGCGAGGAGAUGUUGCGAAUAGCAGAGGUGCAACUUGUUCGAGAGCAACAAGAGAAGCGCAAGUCUCGCGAAAAGGAAAAGGAACAAAAGCGCAGAUCCACGGAGGCACCACAGCCCAGCCCAACUAUGGACUCCAGGAACCGACCUCAUCGCAGUAGUAUCUUUGGCCGACACAAGGAUCACUCUCCAUCCCGCAACACCAGCGCCCUGGCCGCCGCUGUCGCAAGUGCCACAGCCGUGGGGACGGGUCAUGACAGCGAUGACAUAUUGCGCCAUCGGGCUGCUACGAUGAUUCAGCGCACGUAUCGGGGUUACAAGACUCGAAGAGAAAUGAGGGGCCUGGGCUUAAACGCCAAUUCCAGGUGGACGCACGCCUUGAGGGAGCUCCAGUUCAGGACGGUCACUACCCCGAGAGCAAGACAUGACACCGUCACAUCAGUACCUGGGGACUUCGAGGCUGACCAUGAAGACACGGAAGCUGCAAAGCGGUCGAAAUCAGCUCGAUACAACUGGCACAAGAUCGCGACGAUCGCGAGGAGGGCAGGUGGCGAUCUGGAAGACGACCAUAGUAGCUCUAGUGACUCAGACUCGGACUCGGAUUCAGGCCCAGAAACCUCUGACAAGAAGGGGGAGACCCGUCAGAAGAGGAAGGAGACCAGAGCUAGGAGGCGAAACGAUGCGACAAUGAUGAUGGGCUUGCAGUACUUUCUCGAGAUGGUCGACCUCAAACACCGUUACGGGUCUAACCUGAGGCAGUAUCACGAAGAAUGGAAAAAGGCAGAUACACACGAAAACUUCUUCUACUGGCUGGAUCAUGGCGAUGGGCGGCACGUCGAAUUGAGCACAUGCCCACGCGACCGGUUGGAGAGGGAACAGGUGCGAUACCUCUCGCGGGAAGAGCGCCAAUACUACCUGGUCAAAGUCGACCUGGACGGCAGGUUGUGUUGGGCCAAGAACGGGGCUCGGAUCGAUACCACAGAAGACUGGAGGGAUAGCAUUCACGGCAUUGUUCCGAUCGACGACACGGAGACGCCUGCCUUCCAACCAAAGUCCACGUACCCAAACCAGCCCAGGCUGUUCCCGAGUGACCCAAGUUCCAGGGCGAGCAGUAUCAGCACCGCAUCUGAAUCCGAGCGCGAGGCUGCUCGCGCGGCUAAAUACGCAUCGCCGGGCGUGACUGAUGCGAAAGGGGUCAAGAAGGUAACACAUAUCUCCGCCUCUACGAUCUUCAACACACUCUUGCGGAAGUCGGUUCGCAAAAACACGUGGAUCUUUGUCGCAGACACGAGCUUCCGGUUAUACGUCGGCAUUAAAGACAGCGGUGCCUUUCAGCAUUCCUCAUUCGUCCAGGGGUCACGCAUCUCCGCCGCGGGCCUCAUCAAGAUAAAAAAUGGCAGGCUUGCAAGCCUGAGUCCGCUCUCGGGUCAUUAUCGGCCGCCGGCGUCAAACUUCAGGGCUUUUGUCCGCAACCUCAAGGACGAAGGCGUGGAUAUGUCUCACGUUUCAAUAUCCAAGUCUUACGCUGUCCUGGUGGGGCUUGAGACGUACAUAAAAACGCGGCAGAAGGGCAAGAAGCUUCUUCAGAGGACAGCGCACCAGAAAGACAAGGUGAUUCAUCCCGAGGAGGCCCAGAGGCGCGAGGAGGACGCGCGCGACAAGUCGCAGAGUGCAGAAACGGAAAGGCGGUUCCUCGAGAAGCAGCAGGAGGAGGAUGACAAGAAGCGAGGGGAGAAUAGGGCCACUGCCAAGGUGAUGCAGAAGCUGAGGCUGACGUCAACGGCAACAGAUGGCCAGAAGAGCGGGACCGCUGAGGAAAAGGGGAAGGAGACCAAGCCAAAGAAGUUACCGGUAGCCCUGCAUCGACGGGUGCAGAGCAGAGCAGAGCAGAGCAGAGCAGAGCAGAGCAGAGCAGAGCAGAGCAGGCCAGAUGUUGCGACGUGA